GGGCUUCUCUGGCUAUGAAUGGGGGUGGAAGUGCUCCGAUGGAGGAGGAGGGCGUGUCUCCCCAAAGCAGGGUGUGGCCAGUGGUCCCGCUGAUCAGACUGCCGGCCAGUCACAAGUCCCUGACAGGUCGGCAUUGAAACCCGCACUGCCCACUGUGCGGGACGAACAGGUAGAGGGUGGACGCCACGGAGAGGGCUCGGAACCGGCUGCGGAGGUUCCUGCAACCCCGUUGCUGUCAGCUUCGAGCCUCGCCCCUCCCUGCUGCACUUCCUCUCUGUCCCUGCUGCUGAGAGCCCCGCUAGGCUCCGUGAUCCUGGCCCCCAGUCCGCCGCCGCUACGUCUUGGCUUCAGUCUGCAGGGUCCCGGACAGAGCUACCCCACUGGGGCAUGAGGGAGAGGAGAGCCUUGACAUCUCCAUCUCCACAGACAUCCCGGCUGUAAGGAGCAUCCUCCUCUCUCAGGAUGACAUCACCCUCCAGCCCUCCAGCUUUUAGGCUGGAGACGUCAGAUGGAGACCAAGAAGGCAGUGCUGAGGUGAACAAAAGAAAGCAUGAGCCGCCCCCCAUGGAGUCACCAUUCCAGGGCGAGGACCGGAAUUUCGCCCCUCAGAUCAAAGUGAAUCUCAACUACCGGAAGGGACUAGGUCCCAGCCAGCAGGACCCAAACCGAUUUGACCGUGACCGACUCUUCAGUGUGGUCUCCCGGGGCGUCCCGGAGGAGCUGGCUGGACUGCCGGAAUACCUAAGCCGGACCAGCAAGUACCUCACUGACUCAGCAUACACAGAGGGCUCCACUGGAAAGACGUGCCUGAUGAAGGCUGUGCUGAACCUUCAGGACGGGGUCAACGCCUGCAUCCUGCCGCUGCUGCAGAUCGACAGGGAAUCCGGCAAUCCUCAGCCCCUCGUCAACGCCCAGUGCACAGAUGAGUUCUACCGCGGCCACAGCGCGCUGCAUAUCGCGGUAGAAAAGCGGAGCCUCAAGUGCGUGAAGCUGCUGGUAGAGAACGGAGCGAACGUUCACGCCCGCGCCUGUGGCCGCUUCUUCCAGAAGCACCAAGGAACUUGUUUCUAUUUUGGCGAGCUCCCCCUCUCUCUGGCUGCGUGUACCAAGCAGUGGGAUGUGGUGAGCUACCUCCUGGAGAACCCACACCAGCCUGCCAGCCUGAAGGCCACGGACUCCCUGGGCAACACAGUGCUCCAUGCUCUGGUAAUGAUUGCGGACAACUCUCCUGAGAACAGUGCGCUGGUGAUCCACAUGUAUGACGGGCUUCUCCAGCUGGGGGCCCGCCUCUGCCCCGAUGUGCAGCUGGAGGAGAUCUGCAACCAUCAAGGCCUCACACCCCUGAAGCUAGCCGCCAAGGAAGGCAAAAUUGAGAUUUUCAGGCACAUUCUGCAGCGGGAAUUCUCAGGGCUGUACCAGCCCCUUUCGAGAAAGUUCACCGAGUGGUGCUAUGGUCCUGUCCGGGUGUCACUCUAUGACCUGUCCUCCGUGGAUAGCUGGGAAAAGAACUCAGUGCUGGAAAUCAUCGCCUUUCAUUGCAGGAGUCCGCACCGGCACCACAUGGUGGUCUUAGAGCCACUGAACAAGCUUCUUCAGGAGAAGUGGGAUCGGCUCAUCCCGAGAUUCUUCUUCAACUUCGCCUGUUACUUGGUCUACAUGAUCAUCUUCACCAUUGUUGCCUACCACCAGCCUUCCCUGGACAAGCCAGCCAUUCCCUCAUCAAAAGCGACGUUUGGGGAAUCCAUGCUGCUGCUGGGCCACAUCCUGAUUCUGCUUGGGGGCAUUUACCUCUUACUGAGCCAGCUGUGGUACUUUUGGCGGCGUCGCCUGUUCAUCUGGAUCUCAUUCAUGGACAGCUACUUUGAAAUCCUCUUCCUUGUCCAGGCUCUGCUCACGGUGCUGUCCCAGUUGCUGCGGUUUGUAGAGAGCGAAUGGUACCUCCCCCUGCUAGUGUCAUCCCUGGUGCUGGGCUGGCUGGACCUGCUUUACUACACACGUGGCUUCCAGCACACAGGCAUCUACAGCGUCAUGAUCCAGAAGGUCAUUCUGCGAGACCUUCUCCGCUUCCUGCUGGUCUACUUAGUCUUCCUUUUCGGCUUUGCUGUAGCCCUAGUGAGCUUGAGCCGGGAAGCCCAAAGCCCCAAAGCCCCGGAAGACAGCAACGCCACCGUGACAGAACAGCCCACGCUGGGCCAGGAGAAGGAGGAGGUCCCAUAUGGAGGCAUCCUGGACGCCUCCCUGGAGCUCUUCAAGUUCACCAUUGGCAUGGGUGAGCUGGCCUUCCAGGAACAGCUGCGCUUCCGAGGGGUGGUGCUGCUGUUACUGUUGGCCUACGUCCUCCUCACCUAUGUCCUGCUGCUCAACAUGCUCAUUGCCCUCAUGAGCGAGACCGUCAACAGCGUCGCCACGGACAGCUGGAGCAUCUGGAAGCUGCAGAAAGCCAUCUCCGUCUUGGAGAUGGAGAAUGGUUACUGGUGGUGCAGGAGAAAGAGGCAUCGUGCAGGGAGGCUGAUGAAAGUCGGCACCAGGUGGGAUGGCGUCCCUGAUGAGCGCUGGUGCUUCAGGGUGGAGGAAGUGAACUGGUCUGCAUGGGAGAAAACGCUUCCCACCUUGUCUGAGGAGCCGUCAGGGGCCGGCAUCGCUGGAAAUCAAAAGAACCCAACUUCUAAAUCUGGGAAGAACUGUGCCUCAGAGGAAGACCAUGUGCCCCUCCAGGUCCUCCAGUCCCCCUGAUGGCCGAGACGCAGCAGCAGGCUGGUGGGGGAGAGCAGGGAAUCGUUCCAGCCAUGCUCGAAGCUACUGAAUUUUGGUGGAAAUAUAUUUUUUUGUAUAACUAAGUCUUCUAGUUGUAUUAUUUGAAAAAGUUACUGGGACCUUGCAUCUGGUAAUAUUUGCAUGUGUCUCUAAGUGCCAACCUGGGUCAGGGGCUGGUCUGCUUAGAAACAAACCCUCACUGGCCAUGCCUCAGCUCCAGCCCACUUGGCAGGCUUAAGGAUUAGGGGCAGCUCGAGGGUUGGGUACACAUGAACCACCUUCCCACCUCUCGGAUGACAGUCCUUUAAGCUCUGGAUUAUUGCCAGCAAGGGCUGGCUAUGCAGAGAAACCCUGUCUCAACAACAACCAAAUCAAACCAAACCAAACCAAACUACUUCCAAAGUGGAACGUAGUAUUUGUGGAAACUUGAAUCUGUUUCUGGCCAUGGUCACCCAUAUCUGGCUCUAAAAUAAACUAUUUUAUUCCCUUUAAGAAUGUUUUUGAGCCAGGAGUGGCGGCACACGCAUGUGGUCCCAGCCCUUGGGGGAGCAGUGGCAGGAGGAUCUCUGUGAGUUCAAGGCCAGCCAGGCAAGUCCUUGGCAAGUCCAGGACAGCCAGAAAAACCCUGUCUCAAACAAAACAAAACAAAAAACCCAAAAAAGAAAGGGGAGGGAGGGGAAGAGAGGGGAUGGAGAAGAGGAAGAAUCCCAAGUUUAUUUUUUGGCCCACCUUUCUAGUCCGUAAAAAUGAGUUGUUUCAUCAGUACAUUUGCAUAUAAAAUACAGGUGUUGCUGGACAGAACCCAGCAUACCAUAUGUAAUAAUAGCUCUAUCAGACUUCGCACUGAGGUGUUUUGUGACAUGAUUUCAUUCUGUAGGCCGAAAUGGUCUUGAAAUCAGAGAACCCCACUCUACCCUCAAACUCUCUACGUGGCUAAUGAUGACCUUCAACUUGUGAUUCUGCUGCCUCCACAUCCCCAGAGCUUGGAAGUUUGACGCAAUGCCCAGAUUGAGGUGCUGGGGACCGAACUCAGAACUUCAUGUUUGUUAGGGAAACACUCUACUGAGCUGUAUUUGCAACCCUUAAGAGAAACCCAAACAUGCCCAUGUACUGAAGGGAUAGCAUUAGCAGUUCCUAUUGCCCAGGAAAAAAGCCUGGUGCAAAACAACAACAACAACAACAAAAAACAAACCUCGAGGCCUAAGUGGAAAGGGCAGGGAGCAAGGGAAAUAAAUAGAUCAAACAAGAGCUCCUCUGAAUGCUAACGAAUGAGGGCUUGUCUGCGCCGGGUCUGGAAAAGUUCCGCGGACAUGCUGAAACCUGGUGCAGAACGACCCGAAUCAUUGCAUUUAGCAACAGCUACUAUCUACUGUUUUCUUUUGUCUCUGGAUGCAGUUUCCGGUGUGUUAUCUCAGAUGAGCCUCAGAACAGCCAAUGCUCUCCGUUCCCAGGUCCUGAGGAUUAAACGCACGCUCACGCAGACUCUCCAAAACUCAGCUACAUUAUUUUGGCCCGUUUUUCUUUUUUUAAUUUGUGAUUUUUGAGACAGAGGCUCAACUAAUCUGCCCAGACUCGACUCGAAUUGCCGCCUCAGGCUCCUAAGCAGUUGCGAACUCACAAAGGACUGAGCAUUCACAAAAUGCCCACCGCGUCGGACAAAGCGCGGGGCGGACCCGACUGGGCGCGCAAACCUUCACGCAGGCGCGCUGAGCAGUCGCCGCGCUCUUGGCUACCCAGAAUUCCUAGGGCGGCGGAGACCACUCGCUCGGCGGGACGGCGCGCGGAAGUUCCCGUGAGCCUUUGCCGCCCACACCCCCCCUCCCGUGAGGAGUGGUCUGUUCCGAGCCCUUAAGAGACGGGCACGCAGGUGCUGGGCUCUCUCUGCGGACGACAUGGGGUCCUGUCUCUUCCUUUCGUGCGGCUGGCGCCUGCCCCGCGGCCUAGUGGAGCCGAGCCCGAUGGCCGCCGAGCCCGAUGGCCGCCGAGCCCGGGCUCCCAGCUCCGCCGUGGGCGCCAUGCUGACCCAGGGGAGCCGGGCGCGGUGUUGACGGGAAGUAGGAGCAGGAUUCCACCAUGAGGUUGGAAGUUUAAAGAGUGGAGGGUUGCCAGCAGUAUGGCCUCACAUAAGGUGUGUGUCCGUUUCCUCAAGAACUGAGAGCUGGAAUGCGGUUUGUGUGGGCAGCAGUGGCAAAGGUGGCAUCUCCAGAGGAGUCCUCAGACAAAAACUCAAGAUCCUAAAAGCAACCUCUUUAAACCUUGAUAUGAAAGUGCUUCAAGGAUGGAUGUGUCUGCUGACUCUGCUCUGUGCAAGCACAUUGGUAAUCCUGUCCCACAGGAGCCUCUAUGUCUUUCAAUAAAUUCUAAUUUAAGAAAA